GCUCCGGGCACCAUGGCACUCUGGUUGACUGUGGUCAUUGCUCUCACCUGCGUUGGCGGUCUCGCCUCCCCGGUCCCUGUGUAUUAUCAUCACACCAAGGUCCUUCAGGAGCUCAUUGGGGAGCUGAUCAACAUCACACAGAACCAGAAGACCCCCCUGUGCAAUGGCAGCAUGGUGUGGAGUGUCAACCUGACGACGACCAAUUACUGUGCAGCAGUAGAAGCCCUAAGCAACGUCUCUGACUGCAAAGCCAUCCAAAAUACCAAGAGGAUACUAAGCAGCGCAUGUAUACAACACAAGGCCCCAGCCAGUCAGGUUUCCAGCCUGAAAGUCCGAGACACCAAGAUCGAACUGACCAGCUUCAUAAAGAACCUGCUUGAACGUUUAAGGAACAUUUUCCGCCAUGGACCUGUUAACUGAAGCAUGGAAAGCUCGUGGCAUGAUUUGCAGAGACAGACCCUGAAUGUUUA